GGAAUUAGAGAGAUGCAGCCAGGACCGUUGGGUCGGACCAGGAGAGGAGCUGGGGAGGAGAACAGGAGGAUCACAGAGAUGAUSGACUCAAAGGGUCACAGAGAGAAACAGGAAGGAGGUGGGGGACGAGGAGCAGAGAGGAAACAGGAGGAGAAACGAGGAGACGCAGAGAGGAGGGCGGCCUCAGAAGGAGGCGAAGGCAGCGACAGGUCCAGGAGCCUGAGAUGGAGAAUCAACCAGCUGGAGAAGGAGAAGCUGACGCUGAGGAGCAGCUGCAACCAGGAGGUGUGCCGGCUGCAGGCCGAGCUGGCCCGCCUCCGGKCCUCGGUGGAGCGAGGCCAGGCCCAGAGGGCGGAGCUUCAGUACCAGCUGACCGCGAGCCGCAGAGACGGAGAGCGAGUCGCCGAGCUCAGCAGAGACAGRCGAACGCUCACAGAGCGAAUGGCCGAGCUGCAGCAGACCGUGGGCGAGCUGCAGAAAGCUCUGCACGCCACGCGGCAGGCCCGGGAGGAGGACCAGCAUGCUUUGCAGCAGGAGGUGGAGGAGCGAGACGGACUGAUUCAGAGCUUCAGCUGUGAGAACCAGAGACUGCACCGACUGCUGCAGGGUCAGGAGGAGGCGCUGGAGGAGUCCAAGAGGAGGAUGGUGGAGACKCAAAGGGAGAGGGAGGAGGAGGACAAACGACGAGCCGAAGAGCUGAGGGUCCUGGUGGAGAAGGAGGAGAGGAGUCGCAGGGAGAAGGAGCUGAGGGAGCAGGAGCUGGAGGAGGAGCRGACCCACAGGCAGGAGGCGCAGGUCAACAUGGAGCUGCUGCGAGCUCACUUCAGGGAGGUGGAGAGAGCCUGCAGCCUGGAGAGAGAGAGGAGCAGCAGCAGUGAGCACGCUCUGCAGCGCUGCUUCGCUCUCAGAGCGAGGAUCGCUCCACCUCUCUGACCUCCGACCUCUCCCAGCUCCAGGACCUCCUGUCCAGAAGCCGACAGGAGUCCUCCUCCUUCCUCCUGGCCUGCGCCCUCCUGUGCGGAGCUCUGAGACACGCCCACCGCUGCUUGGGCGCGCUCCGCCAGCAGAAGCUGCUCCUGUCCAGGCGGCUGGAGGACAGGGAGCUGCUGGAGGACCAGGUCAGGAGCUUAGCUGAUGCACUUAGAGGAGAGGAGGAGGAGGAGGGAGGAGGAAGGGGGGCGUUGAGGAGGUGGAGGAGGAGCGUGUAUGCGGUGGUGGCGAUGAAGAGGUGGUGCUCUCUGAGCAGGAAGACCAGGGUGCUGUUUCACCUGGACCGAGGAGGAGGCAGGGUCUGCGUGUGUGGAGACCCUCCUACGGCAACACAGAAGGGUCAAAGUGAUCCGUCAGAAGCUGAUGAAGCAGCUGAAGGUGUGUGUGCUCGCUGGCUUCACUCCAACCGUCUCUCCUCCAUCAUUCUGUCCUCCAUGUCUGACCUGCAGGGGGCGCUCACCAACUCUGGCUCCUCGGCUCCAGACGUGACCUCAGCUGCUCGUUUAGGUUUGUCCCRCCUCCUGGAUCACCUGCUGGACCAAUCAGCUUCCAGCAUUUCCUCUGGAAGAGAGGAGGACACGCUGAUGAGACGGACGUCCCCACAGUCCAACUCAAAG